GGCCUCGAUGUGCGCCUGCGCGCUGGCGGCGGCUGUGGCGGGGCCCGGCGGGGAGCGGGUCCGGAGCAGGCUCCCGGACCCAAAACUGAAGGGGGCGUCUGGGGCGUCAGGGAGCUCCCUCGCCUGGCCCACGACGGCCUGAUGGAGUAAGAGGGGUUGGCUGUGAAUGUGUGACGUUGAGUGCUUCAGAUCUGAUCACUAUGGUACGAGAACGAAAAUGCAUAUUGUGCCACAUUGUGUACAGCUCAAAAAAGGAGAUGGACGAACACAUGCGGAGCAUGUUGCAUCACAGGGAACUUGAGAACCUGAAGGGCAGGGACAUUAGUCAUGAGUGCCGAGUGUGCGGGGUCACAGAAGUGGGUCUUUCUGCAUAUGCAAAGCACAUUUCUGGCCAGUUGCACAAAGAUAACGUUGAUGCCCAGGAAAGAGAAGAUGAUGGAAAAGGAGAGGAAGAGGAAGAAGAUUAUUUUGACAAGGAACUCAUUCAGUUAAUAAAGCAAAGGAAAGAACAAAGUCGACAAGAUGAACCUUCCAAUAGCAACCAAGAAAUAAACUCUGAUGACAGACGACCCCAAUGGAGACGAGAAGACCGAAUUCCUUACCAAGACAGAGAGAGUUACAGUCAGCCUGCAUGGCAUCAUCGUGGACCUCCACAGCGGGAUUGGAAGUGGGAAAAAGAUGGCUUUAAUAAUACUAGGAAAAACAGCUUUCCACAUUCUUUGAGGAAUGGUGGUGGGCCAAGAGGACGUUCCGGGUGGCAUAAGGGUGUUGCAGGAGGCUCCUCGACUUGGUUUCACAACCAUAGUAAUUCUGGAGGUGGUUGGCUUUCAAAUAGCGGAACAGUAGAUUGGAAUCAUAAUGGUACAGGAAGGAAUUCCAGUUGGCUUUCUGAAGGAACAGGUGGCUUUUCCAGUUGGCAUAUGAACAACAGUAACGGAAACUGGAAAUCCAGUGUACGUAGUACAAAUAAUUGGAAUUACAGUGGCCCUGGAGACAAAUUUCAACCAGGCAGAAACAGAAAUUCUAACUGUCCAAUGGAAGACAUGACUAUGCUAUGGAACAAGAAAUCUAGUAAGUCAAACAAAUACAGUCAGGACAGAUAUAAUUGGCAGCGGCAAGAAAAUGACAAACUUGGUACAGUUGCCACAUAUAGAGGUCCUUCUGAAGGAUUUGCAAGUGAUACAUUUCCUUCAGAAGGCUUACUCGACUUCAAUUUUGAGCAGCCGGAAAGCCAAACCACUAAACAAAUAGACACUGCUACUUCCAAAGUUAGUGGAAAGAAUGGCAGUGCGGCAAGGGAAAAGCCUCGUCGCUGGACGCCUUACCCUUCCCAGAAGACUCUGGAUUUACAGUCGGGAUUGAAAGACGUCACUGGUAACAAGUCAGAAAUGAUAGAGAAACCUCUCUUUGAUUUUAGCUUGAUAACUACAGGAAUACAGGAGCCCCAAAGUGAUGAAACACAUAAUUCCCCAACACAGAAAACACAAAAAGAAAUGCAUACUGGAUCUCUUAAUCACAAGGCCUCUUCUGAUUCUGCUGCUUCCUUCGAGGUGGUGAGACAGUGCUCCAUUACGGAAAAACCUGAACAAGAGCAUGCCCCAAAUAAAAUGCCGUCAUUGAAAUCCCCACUCCUUCCAUGUCCAGCCACUAAAUCAUUUCCUCAAAAGCAAGAUCCAAAGAAUACCUCAAAAAACACCAAAACAAAUUUUUUUUCCUCUGGAGAACACUCAGAUCCCUCGAACAAGCCCUCUGCAGAAGAUAACCAUGGUCCUUACAUAUCCAAACUGCGUAGUUCAUGUCCUCAUGUUUUAAAAGGGAAUAAAAGUGCAUUUGGCUCUCAAAAGCAAUCUGGUGACAAUUUAAAUGAUACAUUACGAAAGGCCAAAGAGGUGCUACAGUGUCAUGAGUCAUUGCAAAAUCCACUUCUUAGCACUUCUAAAAGGACCAGGAACUAUGCAAAAGCAAGUAGAAAUGUAGAAGAAUCUGAAAAAGGGUCUUUGAAAAUUGAGUUUCAAGUGCAUGCACUAGAAGAUGAAAGUGAUGGAGAGACAUCUGACACGGAAAAGCAGGGAACAAAAAUUGGAACCCUAGGUUCUGCAACUACAGAAUUGUUAUCCGGCAGCACUCGUACUGCUGAUGAGAAAGAGGACGACGACCGAAUCCUGAAGACUUCUAGAGAACUAUCCACUUCCCCAUGUAAUCCCACAGUUCACCAGAAAGAAUCUGAAUUGCAAAUGACAUCUGCAGCCAGUCCACACCCUGGCUUAUUGCUAGACUUGAAAACCUCUCUGGAAGAUGCGCAGGUUGACGACUCUGUUAAAUCUCAUGUACCUUACGAAACAGAAGGCUUUGAGAGUACUAGCUUGGAUGCAGAGCUUCAAAAAAGUGACAUCAGUCAGCCCUCGGGCCCUCUCCUGCCUGAACUAAGUAAGCUUGGCUUUCCUGCCUCACUUCAGAGGGAUCUAACCCGGCACAUUAGUUUGAAAAGCAAAACUGGAGUGCACCUUCCUGAGCCAAACCUCAAUAGUGCCCGCCGCAUUCGCAAUAUUAGCGGUCACCGAAAGAGUGAGACAGAGAAGGAGUCUGGGCUCAAGCCAACCCUACGGCAGAUUCUAAAUGCAUCUCGGAGAAAUGUCAACUGGGAACAGGUCAUUCAGCAAGUAUCCAAGAAAAAGCAAGAGCUGGGCAAAGGCUUACCCAGGUUUGGCAUAGAAAUGGUACCCCUUGUUCAAAAUGAACAAGAAGCCUUAGAUUUGGAUGGUGAACCUGAUCUGUCCAGUCUAGAAGGAUUCCAGUGGGAAGGCGUUUCCAUUUCCUCAUCCCCUGGCUUGGCAAGAAAGCGAAGCCUUUCUGAGAGCAGCGUGAUCAUGGACAGAGCUCCUUCUGUGUAUAGCUUCUUCAGUGAGGAAGGUACAGGCAAAGAAAAUGAGCCCCAGCAGAUGGUUUCACCUAGUAACUCAUUGAGGGCUGGACAGAGUCAGAACGCAACCAUGCACCUCAAACAAGAAGUGACACCUCUGGCUGCCUCCCUCCGAACAGGUGAAAGGGCUGAAAGUGUUGCUACCCGAAGGCGACAUAGUGCACAAUUACCUUCUGACGAUAUAAUACCUUUGAUGCAUUCGGCAAAAGACUUGAACAGCCAGGAGAGGUCUAUGCCACCUUCAGAGAGUCAGAAUUCCCAAGAGAGUAAUGGAGAAGGAAACUCUCUGUCAUCAAAUGCAUCCUCAGCCCUUGCGAUCUCCAGUUUAGCGGAUGCAGCCACAGAUAGUAGCUGUACCUCUGGUGCUGAACAAAAUGAUGGCCAAAGUAUUAGAAAGAAACGAAGAGCCACUGGAGAUGGAUCUUCUCCUGAACUCCCAAGUCUUGAGAGAAAAAAUAAAAGAAGGAAAAUUAAAGGAAAAAAAGAACGUUCUCAGGUUGACCAGCUGCUGAAUAUUUCUUUAAGGGAGGAAGAACUUAGUAAGUCAUUGCAGUGCAUGGAUAACAAUCUUCUGCAAGCCCGUGCAGCCCUUCAGACAGCUUAUGUGGAAGUUCAGAGGCUACUUAUGCUCAAGCAGCAGAUAACUAUGGAGAUGAGUGCACUGAGGACCCAUAGAAUACAGAUUCUACAGGGAUUACAAGAAACAUAUGAACCUUCUGAGCACCCAGACCAGGUUCCCUGUAGCAUCACACGAGAACGAACGAACAGUAGAUCUCAAACAUCCAUUGAUGCGGCACUGCUGCCUACUCCCUUUUUCCCACUUUUUCUGGAGCCUCCAUCUUCCCAUGUGUCUCCAUCACCCACCGGAGCCUCUCUUCAAAUAACCACAUCUCCUACUUUCCAAACCCAUGGCAGUGUCCCUGCUCCAGACUCAUCAGUUCAGAUUAAACAAGAGCCCAUGUCUCCUGAACAAGAUGAGAAUGUGAAUGCUGUGCCACCAAGCUCUGCCUGCAAUGUGUCCAACGAACUACUGGAAGCUAAUAAAACCCCUUUGGAAAAGGAACCCCACUCUCCAGCUGACCAGCCUGAACAACAGGCAGAAUCCACUUUGACAUCAGCUGAGACUAGGGGAAGCAAGAAAAAGAAGAAACUUCGGAAGAAGAAAAGUCUACGGGCUGCCCAUGUUCCUGAGAAUAGUGACACUGAACAGGAUGUUUUGACUGUUAAACCCGUAAGGAAAGUAAAAGCUGGAAAGUUAAUUAAAGGGGGGAAAGUAACAACCUCCACUUGGGAAGACAGCAGGACUGGUCGGGAGCAAGGGAGUGUCAGAGAUGAGCCAGAUAGUGACUCGUCUCUGGAAGUCCUAGAAAUUCCUAAUCCUCAGUUAGAAGUAGUAGCCAUUGAUUCUUCAGAAUCAGGAGAAGAGAAACCAGACAGCCCAUCUAAAAAGGAUAUUUGGAACUCUACAGAGCAAAACCUGCUAGAAACUUCUCGUUCUGGGUGUGAUGAAGUUAGCUCGACCAGUGAAAUUGGCACUCGCUAUAAAGACGGCAUCCCUGUAAGUGUGGCAGAAACUCAGACUGUGAUCUCUUCCAUAAAAGGAUCAAAGAAUUCUUCAGAAAUAUCUUCAGAGCCAGGAGAUGAUGAUGAGCCCACAGAAGGAACCUUUGAGGGGCACCAAGCUGCUGUCAAUGCAAUUCAGAUAUUUGGGAACUUACUAUAUACCUGUUCAGCAGAUAAAACUGUCCGGGUUUAUAAUCUGGUGAGUCGGAAAUGUGUUGGUGUCUUUGAGGGCCAUACCUCGAAAGUAAACUGCCUCCUGGUCACUCAGACAUCCGGGAAGAACGCUGCCCUUUACACCGGCUCCAGUGACCAUACCAUCCGCUGCUAUAAUGUUAAGAGCCGAGAGUGUGUGGAGCAGUUACAGCUGGAAGACCGAGUCCUCUGCCUGCACAGUAGGUGGCGAAUCCUCUAUGCGGGACUGGCAAAUGGCACUGUGGUCACCUUCAACAUAAAGAACAACAAGCGACUUGAGAUCUUUGAAUGCCAUGGCCCCCGGGCAGUCAGCUGUCUUGCCACAGCUCAGGAAGGUGCCCGAAAACUGCUGGUCGUGGGCUCUUAUGACUGCACCAUUAGUGUACGCGAUGCCCGGAAUGGACUGCUCCUCAGAACUCUGGAGGGCCAUAGCAAAACCAUUCUUUGCAUGAAGGUGGUGAAUGAUCUCGUGUUCAGUGGCUCCAGUGAUCAGUCAGUCCAUGCCCACAACAUUCAUACUGGUGAGCUCGUGCGGAUCUAUAAAGGUCACAAUCACGCAGUGACUGUGGUGAAUAUCCUAGGAAAAGUGAUGGUGACUGCUUGCCUGGAUAAAUUUGUUCGUGUCUAUGAAUUACAGUCUCAUGAUCGAUUACAAGUUUAUGGAGGACACAAAGACAUGAUUAUGUGUAUGACCAUCCAUAAAAGCAUGAUUUACACUGGCUGUUAUGAUGGCAGUAUUCAGGCCGUGAGGCUUAAUCUGAUGCAGAAUUACCGCUGUUGGUGGCAUGGCUGCUCUCUGAUAUUCGGCGUUGUAGAUCAUUUAAAACAACACUUGCUGACUGACCACACUAAUCCCAACUUCCAGACUCUGAAAUGUCGCUGGAAGAACUGCGAUGCUUUCUUCACUGCUAGGAAAGGAUCCAAACAGGAUGCUGCAGGACAUAUUGAACGACACGCUGAAGAUGACAGCAAAAUCGAUUCAUGAAGUUGUUUGCCUCCCACGUUGGGAAGUCAUUGGUUGAACUAUUUUCACAUCAGCCCCCCACACAGGCCACUCUCUUCCCUUCCUUGGUGAAGCCAGGAAGGAGAAAGUGGUUACUAGCCAGGCCCCUAGCAUGAGUCUGGGCAGCUCUAUGGGAUGAUAGAUUACUCUUUAAGUUCUUGCUGGAGGUUUUAAAUAGAUGUAGACAGAUGUUAGGGAACCACACUCCUCUGGGACAGCAUGGCAUACAGUGAUUUAUGCUACUUGCGUUCUCCAGAUGUUUACUAAAGAUACAGAUCCUAAUUGGUUACCCAGUUUGACCCUAAUCAUAUGUAUAUUUUAUUGACUUCAGUUUGCAAUGUUUAGUUUAUGUUCUUAUGGUGGUUUAAACCUAUAGUCAGGCUUUUAAGUACAAAUUUGUUUAAGUGCUAGACUUUUGGGAUCAGUUUUAAUUUCUCCAUUUGUAAUAGCUGGGUAUUUAAAUUGGAAGCAAAUAGUUUUCUUUCUUAACAGUUAUGUGCAGUGUGUGUCCCUGUUUUCUUGCUUCAUAGAUGGACAGAGCUUGCUUUAAGUGCUAAAGGACACAGUAGAUUUUUGACAAACAGCGGCUGCUCUGCUGACUAUAUUUUAGGAAUUCAGAAAGCAAAUCACAUAGUGACAAGUCCUUACAACACCACUUCCUAGUAAACCUCUGUAAAUGUGGACAGAAAGCUCAGUGUGAGGCAGUGCGUAGAUCUAAUGUCUACCUUUACGUUUGCUGUUGAACUGGGCACUACCUGCCACAGAUCCUAUCAGGCUGUUGCAGCUGGAGGUGUACCUUUAUCUUCCUUUCUAGCGUCUGACCCUGCAAGCCUAAUGUCGGUUUGAACCCUUUUGGUUUGUUCAGUUGCCAGCCUCCAUCUCUCCCACUGUACGGCUGUGCCUAGACUGAUGGCAGCCAUCCAGUAUUCCUCCGGGCUCAUGGUGUUUUCCACCCCUCUGCAGCACCCAAGAUGGUGGGGGAGAAGGGGUUAGAAUAAAGCAUCUGAAUACGGUUUUUAGGACCUCAAGCAGACUUCCUAGAGACUUGUUUCUGAGACAGUUCUUUGCCUUCACUUCCCUGCUAGGUGGGAAAGAAGAGUGGAGCAGAGACUCUGCCUGGCCACUGAGAACAGCCAAAUUCACAAACCCUGAGUGGGGCUUUGUUUUUGGAUUUUCUCCAGACUCAUCAGUAAACCUGUAGAAGUGUUGCUUUCCAGCCUUUUGUUUCUGGAUCCUCAAAACUCAGAAAGUGGCCAGGCGUGGUGGCUCAUGCCUGUAAUCCCAGCACUUUGGGAGGCCCAGGCAGGCAGAUUGCCUGAGGUUAGGAGUUGGAGACCAGCCUGGACAACAUGGCAAAACCCCAUCUCUACUGAAAAUACAAAAUUAGCUGGGCAUGGUGGUGUGCACUUGUAAUCCCAGCUGCUCAGGAGGCUGAGGCAGGAGAAUCGCUUGAACCCGGGAGGCGGAGAUUGUAGUGAGCCGAGAUUGCGCCACUGCACUCCAGCCUGGGUGACAGAGUGAGACUCCAUCUCAAAAAAAAAAAAAAAAAAAAAAAAACCUCAGAAAGCUUCUUCAGAGAGAGAAAAUAAGGGGGAGGAGCCCAGGGCCACAUACCAAGCUUUGGGACAUGCUCUCUGGGAUUACAGAGCAUCCAGGUCUGUCUUUGCCCCUAUUAGUGCACACACAUCUACUCACAUGUCUUCCCUCAGGCUAUCGGGCAGGAGGACUUCACCAGGGGGUUCAUGGAUAGGCUUCAAGAGGGUCUGUGAACCCCCAGAAAUUGUGUGUGAGACUGAGUAUGUGUUCUUUUUUCCAGGAAAGGCUCCAGUGGUUCUUAGUUGGUCCAAAAAAUGUUAAGAAUUAAUCUAGAAGGCUGGGCUUGGUGGUUCAUGCCUGUAAUCCCAGCACUUUGGGAGGCCGAGGUGGGUGGAUCACUCAAGGUCAGGCGUUUGAGACCAGCCUGGCCAACAUGGUGAAACCCCGUCUCCACUAAAAAUACAAAAAUUAGCUGGGUGUGGUGGCGUGUGCCUGUAGUCUCAGCUACUUGGGAGGCUGAGACAGGAGAAUCACUUGAACCCGGGAGGUAGAAGUUGCAGUGAGCCAAAAUCCUACCACUGCACUCCAGCCUGGGCAACAGAGUGAAACUCC